AUGACCAACGGAAUCUACAAGGUUGAAACAGAAGAUGGUUCUGUCCACACGCUCACGAAGAAAGCGGCUCGCCGAUCCGGUCUUAAUGCGACAAUUCAUGGAUGUAUUUUUUUCUCGUCGCCGAUGCUCGCUAUUUUGCCGCAAAAAGGCCCAAUCGGGGACACAAAAGUGACUGUUGUUGGGAUUUACGAACUAGACUCGGAUCAUGACUCGGAUGCAGCUAUGGAACCAAUGAUUCUACCGAUGAUUGAAGCAAAUACUAUUACUUGGAUCAUCUUUUACCUGGAAAUAAAGAAAAAUUGUCCUGCUUACGACGAACAACGCUCUUCGAAGAACAAAGAAGAGCUGUCUCGGGAAAUCGAAUGGGAGAAUCGAACUCUUGCAAUUUCAAACGCAAUUUUAUUUCGGAUUUUUAAUGCUUCCAACUACCUUGACAUACCCGAUCUCUACGACUGGUGCGUACAAAAAGUCGCAGACAAGGGAAAGGGCAAAAGUGUCGAGGAAAUGCGCAAAGUUUACGGCGUCAAACAACCACCCGAUGAAGAGCAGGCACGACUCAGUAUGCAAAAUCCGCUCGCCGCAAUACUGGAGUAUCGACACAAGAAAGCACAAGAACGUCGUUUGUCAUCAACUUGUGAGUCAACUUCCUCCUCCUCUGAAGCGGAA